AUGUUCGUCUUACUUAUUCCUAGUUCAGCACCAGAAAUCCUUCAAUGCAGUAUAGCAAGGCAUGCUACAGAUGAAAUGCUAGCCAUAGAUCUGUCUAUUUUUCGAGAAAAAACGGCAAUAGAAGAUGACUCCGAUAGCCCAAUGAACGAAGACGAACGUCGUAACUAUUACUUGAUAGAUCUACUAGGUAGAAAUGUUGCCUGUCAUCUACUUAAUGUCGUCAACCAGUAUUGCCAUCGCUGGCAUCAAGAUAUGCCUAUUUUAUACAAGUCAUCAUUUGAAAUGGAAACCUAUUCCAAGGCAAUAAGAAAUAGAAGAAAAAAAAUGGAAGAUAAACAUACAAUCGUCAAUCAAUUUAAUACUUUAUAUGGUUUAAAGGAUACACCCAGUUUAUCAUUUUAUGGUGUCUAUGAUGGCCAUGGAGGCACGGACGCAUCCAGUUAUGCCUUUGUCCAUUUGCAUACUAUUAUGGCUCAUAGUUUAUGCUCAAAGGAUAACAUUCAAGAAGCAUUAAUAGAGAGCUUUGAAAAGACCGAUGAACAAUUUGGUAUUAAAUCAAAGCAAGAGAACCUACAUAGUGGUACCACUGCUGUUGCAACUAUUGUAACAGCGGAUAAAUUAUAUAUUUCUUGGCUUGGAGAUUCACAAGUGAUCCUUAGUAGAGGUGGAAAAGCUGUCGUUUUAAUGAAUCCUCAUAAACCUGAACGCGAGGAUGAAAAGGCUCGUAUUGAAGCUUUAGGAGGAUGUGUAGUUUGGUUUGGCGCAUGGCGAGUCAACGGGACGCUCUCCGUGUCUCGAGCAAUUGGCGAUGCCGAUUACAAGCCAUAUGUAAGCGGUACACCUGAUACCAAUGAAGUUAAUCUUGAUGGGAACGAAGAUUUCAUUUUACUUGCUUGCGACGGCCUAUGGGACGUUCUAACUCCCGAUGAAACCGUAGAAAUCAUAACUAAUUAUCUUAAUGAAGCUGAUGGAAAAAAAGAAAACGUACCUGAAUUAAUUGUCGAAAAAGCGGUUGAUAAGGGUUCUAGCGAUAAUAUUUCAGUUAUUGUGUCGUUU